AUGGAGAUGGAGAAAGUUGACGAGCAUGCUGCUGCCUUCAGCGCCUUGAACUUGGAUAGAGGCCUCUGUGUCGGCAAAGGAACCUCGGCCGAGGUCGUCCUUGCAUCAUCUCGAGACGACGUAUCCAGGAAAUGUGCCGUGAAGAUAUUCAACCUGGUGAAAGACAACCGGUGUAAUGAGUGGGGGUUCAUCAAGGAAGUUGAUGUCUUGAAGGAGCUUCGCCAUCCACGUAUCGUCUCGUUACUGACGUCUUUGGACAACCCUUGCCACGGAUAUAUUGUCUUAAAGUACUACUCGAAUGGGAGCCUGGAGAAGAGUCUCGGAGCUUUGGAGCCCCCACAGGUGCUUGGUUAUAUUCGUGAUAUCGGGGCGGCGCUAGAACACACACACCGUCGAGGAAUUUUCCACCAGGACAUCAAGCGCAAGCCGGCCAAUGUUCUUGUGGACAAGGAAGACCGCGCCGUUCUGUGCGACUUUGGCCUGUCAGGACGGUUGAAGAACGGCAACACCAAAGUGACGAGAUGGGUGACCACUCCCGGCUUCCAUGGACCUGAAACCAAGAAAGGACAAGCGAUGUGCCCUUAUAAGUUAGAAUCUCUUGGAGCUUAG